AUGUCGGAGGAUACGCUAUCGUCGAUGGUGGCGUGGAGGUUUGGCAUUCGGGGUAGGGACUGCCGGCGACCCGAGCGGUUCCCGUCAUCUGCUGCUGGUGAGGUGAAGACGUGGAGUUUUGACGCACGGUGCCGGAGGAAAGACGAAGGCGUCGGUGGUUCCUUUCCACAACUUGCCGCGCUACUGCUUCUCUAUCUCUCUUCGGGCCAACAAAAUAAUGGCGGUGGUAAAGCUAGGGUAGCGGCGGUGUCACAGCAAGGUGAAAGCUAG